CUGUUGAACAAAGUCUGCCUUGACCGGUUGAAGGCUGGGCUUUAUCCUGCCAUUGCCAUUCCUUGGCCUACAUUACCUAUGCAUCCUCCAGGUGCCACGAUGCCUACGGCGGUGGCUCAUUCAAAGGCCCGACCGUCUACUCCGUACCCCUGUCACCAAGGCCUGGAGUCUGGACGGCGGUCCUUGAAGUCUUGGACCCUUGAGCUGACAUCUAGCGAUCAUUUUUCUGUGUCAAACUCGCAGAUGCCAAUGUGCUAAUAACGUAUUAUCGUCGCCGAGUUCCGCACAAUCAGGUGCUGCGCCCAGCGCCCAAGUGGGCGCAUUCCUUCGCCAGGCUCCAUCUGCGUAAGUGGUAAGUCCGGGUUGGCUCCGGUUCUCUCACCUUUGUGUCCUUCAGCAUACUAGCCAGCAUCAUGGCGACUAGGCUCGCCCUUGCUGCGAUCAUGCUCACUAUCGUGGGCGCAAAAGAUGAACCUCAACCGUUCAAUCAGAGCGACUGCGGCUGCUACCUCAUCAACGGCUCGGUGCCUACAUACUACGCCCAACGCAUGUUCUUUGACUUUCGCGACCUGGAGGCCAGUGUCAACGUGCCAGAUCCGCUAGAUAGCGUGGCGGCCAAUUCAAACGCUUCGGCAUCAAGCGACUACUUCGAGAGCGAGGAUUUCCUAGACGUGUGGGACCUCCAAGGAUGGAGCCGGCAGGUCGGCCGCACGAUCACAAUGGUCUACUCGCCCAGCAAUGUGUACAUUGAGGCCAAAGACGACGACGAAGACGACGACGCUACUUCAGACACCUUCCUCACCAUGCGUACGAAGCGCUUCCCCAAAUUUCAGUCGGCCGCCGAGAUAAGAAGCAAUAGCGACUACUUUUACGUGUCACUCCGCAUGCUCGCCCGCACCAUCGGGGCUCCAGGCGCUGUCACCGCCAUGUUCACCUACAGAGACGCCAAGGAGCUUGCCAAUGUGCAAGAGUCAGACAUAGAGAUCCUGACCGAAGGGCCCCGGAACAAGAUUCAGUACACCAACCAGCCCUCUUACUCUGACGAUGGUGACGAUUUUCCCGAGGCGACGAGGAACGCAUCAACGCCCGGGAACCGCCCGUGGUCCGAGUGGAUGGUCCACCGCAUGGACUGGACGCCCGACAUGGUGCUAUGGUAUGUCGACGGGGCGGAGACAGCCAAAAUUGAAUUCCAGACACCAACGGAUCCGUGCCGCGUCAUCUUCAACGCCUGGGGAAACGGUGGCAGCUGGAGCGGGAACAUGUCCGUGCACGACGAGGCCUAUCUCCAAAUACAGUGGAUCGAGAUGAUCUACAAUACGACGGAUGAUGUGGAGGCCAGCAGGAAGAGGUCGGCUUUGUCCGUUCGGGACGAUGACGACGAGGGCUGCGCGGCAGUGUGCAGUAUCGACGACAGUGCCGAGGCGGGCGAGGUCAUGCUCUUGUGGGACAACGGCGCACCCCGCAUGGCAGGUUGGGUCGGCGCAACAUGGGCUGUGUCUUUUGCCGCCGUGGCCUUGAUAGUCUUGGCUUGGUGAUACUAAUUUGAUGAAUAUACGCUUGCAAGUGCCACAAACG